AUGUCUGAUGAUCUUGAUAGAAUAUUAUCGAUUGAAGAGUCAGUUCUCAACAGAAACAAUGAAAUUGACAGAAUCUUGGAUUGUAAUGAGCAAGAUUUCUUUGCCAUUACCGAAAUCAACCCAUUGCUAACCUCAUUCGACAGCAUACCGCAAUUGAUAAAGAAAAUAUACAGGAAGAAGUCACUUAUGAUCCAUCCAGAUAAGUCUGAUCACCCUCGAGCUCCAGAGGCUUUUGACAGACUUAAAAAAGCCGAAAAUAUUCUUGCCACGACUGACGAGAAUGAUCAGGAAUUUAAGGAAAAGCAGAGAUUAAUGUCAAUUUACUCCACAUUCCAAUCUAACGAUAUCCCUCUGAGCUUUAACAAUCCGAUUAAUGUAAAGAUUAGGGCUCAGGUGAAUCAAAUAAUCGAAAACGAGCUUGCUCAUGCGGAGUUGGAGAAGUUAGCCAAAGUGAGCGAAGAAACAAGAAAGAACCAAAUGCAGAAACAUAUCAACGAGGAGAAGGAGAUGAAGCGAAAGAUUGAGAACGAGUGGGAGCGAACAAGAGAUUCGCGGGUUCAAAAUUGGAGAAGUUAUUCAAGCAAGGUUGAAAAGAAGGGAAAGAAGACAAAACUGAAACCCAAGGUCUUGGCAUGA